UGCUUCCCUCCUGCCCUGCUCCCACCUCUGCUUUGCUCUCUUCUUGAUAGUUGCAGGACAUCUAUGGCCAUGUCUGUAAGUCGUUUGUUUUAUCUCAGAAGAUUUCGCAGGGACCUACACAGAACAUGUGACUGGAUCUGUAAGACGGUGGUGGAUGUGGAGAGGGUGAGCACAGACUCCCCCACCAGACCCUGGCUUGCUCGAACCAGGAGCCUCUCCUGAAGAGGUUUGAGGGAGGUGACAGGACUCAUGAGGGGGUCUCACCCAGUGGGGUAUUGGCCUUGAGGACUUGCCAUGCUCAGGGGCUAGUUGUGGGCUGGGGUUAGAAGAAUAGAAGUCAGGGAGGAGGAGGAGAUGAUGAAGGACAGGCAGGAUGGCCUAGGGAGGACUCCCAGGGUAGCCAGCCUUCCCCAUGGCAUGUGCACUAGUCGCUACCCCCACUACAGAGGUCAGGGCUGCUAGCAUAAAUGCUGUUGUGUCUUUCUCUUUCCUCAGCCCUGGGGUGUCCACAAGGUACCCAUUUUAUACAUUGUAAACCAAAGCUCAGAGUAUUGAAACCAUGUAGCUGGUCUUUGAGAUGUCUGGUGUCCGGGUCAUUCAUAAAUGCUCCUUCCUGGGUGUUUGGACGAACUCUGGCACUUAGCUGGUCAGUGUUGGGGCCUCACACAUAGACACCGGAGCACGUGAGACCACACCUCGUGCUGCUGCAUUCACUGGAGCCGUCGUUUCUACCUCCUCUGAGCCCAUUUGACCCUGGUGUCCCUCGGGUUGGGGACUUGCCCUGGGACCACGAGCUCCCUGCUCUGUGACGGUGGAGUAGGCCUGCCUUCCCGGGGUCAGGUGGCUUGUCAUGGGGCGUGCCACCCCUGGGUGACCAGGCAGCGGGGACAGGGUGGAUUGGAAAAGGCUGACCCACAUUAACGUCUGCUUUUGGUUGGCAUGGAGGAGCCUGGGCGCAGCUGCUCUGAGGCCCUGGGGCAGGGGUCCCGAGUGGGGAGUUUUCUGGAGGAAAUGUGACCCGACCCUAGAAAGCCGUGGCGCAGAACCAGAACCAGGGUGGUUCUGCCGAGGGGUCCCAGCUUCCUGCUGGCACUGGGGCUCAAGCCCCACAGGCCUGCACCAGCUUUCCCAGCUCUGCCUUUGGAGCCAGGAAGUGGGAGGAGGGUCUGCACUCAGAGGGCGCCUCUCCCUUUGUGGGGAGCAGCAGGUCAUGGGGUGCCCCGCUCCAAGUCUCUGGGCCUUCUCAGGGAGGAGAGCAGACUUGGUUUGGCAGGAAGUCACACACACACCCAAGCACCCAGGCGUGCAGGAGGCUCAGGGGGGAACUGGAAACGUCUGUGGUCUUGUCCACAGCAGAGAAGUCUCGGGGGUGGAAUUCCCCGGCCCCAUGUGAUGUAGGAGGCCGCCCGAGGCCCCUGCCCUGCCUCCUCCUCCCCGGCUCGCUGGGGCUCUCAGACUGGGGUCCCCUUGUCAGCAGUGGCCUGACCCUGACCUGCAAGCUCGUUAGAAACAGGAGUCUUCUGGCCCCCGCCCUCCAGGUGAGUGUGAUGUGCAGAACUGGAGGCCCUGAACAGUUGUGGGUUGUGAAUGGAGCCCCUGUGGCCCUGCGACCCCGUCCCAGGCAGGGGGCAGAGUGGGCCCCGCCAACCCAACCAGCCUGGGCCAGGGGAGGAUUGCCGGUGGCUUCUCUAUGGGGAGAGCAGGAGGUGGGGGAAGUUUUUCAAGUCAACUUUUAUUUUGAGAGAAUCCUGGAUUCACGUGCAGCUGUGAGAAAUCAGCCUGCAUCCUUUUCCCGGAUUCCCUGGCGGUGACGUCUCACCAGACGAUGGCCACAUCACACCGGGACGCUCUGGGGAUACAGAUACAGAUAGCUCCUUCCCUACCUUCUUCUGUUUGCACCUGCUUCCCUCCUCCCCACCUGGCACUGCGCUCUGCUCCUUGCUUCUCUGAUUUCAUCAUUUCAGGAACAUUACAUAAGGGGAAUCCUACCGCGUGUAACCCUUGGGGACUGGCUCUUUCCACACGGCGCAAUCCUCUGGGGAUUCCUGGUUGCUCUUCCUUUUCAUGCCCCUGGGCUGCAGAUGCCCCGUGGCUGGCUAACUUCACUCGAAGGGCUUCUGGGUGGCCACUCUGGGGCUGCUCGGAGGAAGCUGGUGUCAACAUGCACGGACGGGGUUUUCUGUGAACGUGAGUUUGCGUUUCUUGGAGAUGAACGUGCGGUCGCCGGGUCGCCCGGCAGCUGCAUGCUGACCCUCAGGAGACGCUGCCAGACUGGUAUCCAGGGUGGCCGCGCCAUUUUCCAGCCCCUCCAUCACCUGCCAUCCCCAACACUUGGCGGCGUCACUGCUGUAGCCACUCCAGUAGCCAGAGCAGCUGAGUCUCACGUAAACAGCAGCGAGGGCCACUUCCUGCUACCUGCAGACCUGGCCUUAAGGCUGCUCCAAAGCCAAUGAACCCCAUGCACCCCGUGAAACCCGCCCUGCCCCCAACGCCGCACAGUGAUGGUCCAUUUCCUUAUGAGGCGGUGCCUUGGCAACAGAGUGCCACUCAGCCAGCAGGGUCGCUGUCUGUCGUCACAACCGUGUGGGGCGUCGGCAACGCGGCACAGAGUCAGGUUUUGGGGAACCCCAUGGGCCCUGCAGGAAGCCCCCCCGGCAGCUCUGUGAUGCCUGGCAUGGCAGGCAGCGGGCCUGCCCUGAACUCCCCACAGUGCCUCGGACAGCAGGCAUUCGGUGAGGGUGCUGCCAGCAAGAGCUUCGUGCAACAAGGGGUGUAUGGCCGCGGGGGCUACCCCGGGGGCCCUGGCUUCGCUGCUGGGUAUGCGGGCGGCCCCGGGGGGCCAGGGGGCCUGGGUCUGCCCUCACAUGCCACGCGACCCUCCACCGAUUUUACUCAGGCGGCAGCGGCGGCUGCGGUGGCUGCUGCUGCGGCCACCGCCACGGCCACCGCCACGGCCACCGUGGCUGCCCUCCAGGAGAAGCAGAGCCAGGAGCUGAGCCAGUACGGAGCGAUGGGGGCCGGGCAGGCUUUUAACAGCCAGUUCCUGCAGCAUGGAGGUCCCCGGGGACCUAGCGUCCCUGGCAGCAUGAACCCUGCCAGCAUGGGGGGGCUGCUGGGCCCCUCUGGCAUGAACCCCAUGGGCAUGAACCCCACCCGGGCAGCAGGCAUGGCACCCCUCUAUGCAGGGCAGCGCCUGCCCCAGCACGGGUACCCUGGGCCUCCGCAGGCGCAGUCACUGCCCCGACAGGGCGUCAAGAGAGCCUACUCCAGUGAGGUUUAUCCAGGGCAGCAGUACCUGCCAGGAAGCCAGUACGGGCCCAGUGCCACCCAGUACACGGCUGGCGCCGGGCAGCCCCCUGCCCCCUCCUCCUACCCUGGGCACCGGCUGCCCCUGCAGCAGGGCGUGGGCCAGUCCCUGUCCGCCUCUGGCCCCGCAGGACUGCACUACAAGCCUACCCGUUCCAUCCCUGGCUACCCCAGCUCCCCACUGCCUGGGAGCCCCACACCACCCAUGACCCCCGGCAGCAGCGUCCCCUACAUGGCCACCAGCCAGGAGGUCAAGUCUCCCUUCCUGCCGGACCUCAAGCCCAGCGUGAGCUCCUUGCACCCAUCCCCCCCUGGCAGCGGCUCUGGUGAUGAGCUGCGGCUGACCUUCCCUGUGCGGGACGGGGUGGUCCUGGAGCCCUUCCGCCUGCAGCACAACCUAGCUGUGAGCAACCACGCCUUCCAGCUCCGGGACUCGGUCUACAAGACCCUGAUGCUGAGGCCAGACCUAGAGCUGCAGUUCAAGUGCUAUCACCACGAGGAUCGGCAGACCAACACCAACUGGCCGGCAUCGGUGCAGGUCAGCGUCAAUGCCACCCCGCUCACCAUCGAGCGCGGUGACAAUAAGACGUCCCACAAGCCGCUGUACCUGAAGCAUGUGUGUCAGCCCGGCCGCAAUACCAUCCAGAUCACGGUCACGGCCUGCUGCUGCUCCCACCUGUUCGUGCUGCAGCUGGUGCACCGGCCGUCCGUCCGCUCAGUGCUGCAGGGCCUGCUCAGGAAGCGCCUCCUGCCGGCCGAACACUGCAUCACCAAGAUAAAGCGCAACUUCAGCAGCGGCACCAUCCCCGGCACCCCUGGGCCCAACGGAGAGGAUGGGGUGGAGCAGACGGCCAUCAAGGUGUCCCUCAAGUGCCCCAUCACCUUCCGCAGAAUCCAGCUCCCUGCCCGAGGUCACGACUGUCGCCACAUACAGUGUUUCGACCUGGAGUCCUACCUGCAGCUCAACUGUGAGCGUGGGACGUGGCGGUGCCCCGUGUGCAACAAGACGGCACUGCUGGAGGGCUUGGAGGUGGACCAGUACAUGCUGGGCAUCCUCAUUUACAUCCAGAACUCUGACUACGAGGAGAUCACCAUCGACCCCACGUGUAGCUGGAAGCCGGUUCCUGUGAAGCCCGACACUCACGUCAAGGAGGAGCCGGAUGGGCCAGUGCUGAAGCGAUGUCGCACCGUGAGCCCCGCACACGUGCUCAUGCCCAGCGUGAUGGAGAUGAUAGCGGCGCUGGGCCCCGCCGCUGCCCCUUUCGCUCCCCUGCAACCCUCCUCGGCCCCGGCCCCUGGGGACUACCCCGGCCAGGGUUCCAGCUUCCUGGGACCCGGGACCUUCCUUGAGUCCUUCCCGCCCGGCACGCCCAGCACCCCAGCCCUUCCUGAGUUCGCCCCAGGGCCACCCCCCGGUUCCUACCAGGCCGACAUUCCCAGCAGCCUCCUGACACCGGAGAAGUCUGCCCCCUGCCUCCCAGGCCAGAUGACGCCAGCGGGUCACCUGGACCCAGCACACAACCCAGGGCCUCCUGGGCUGCUUGCCCCCAGCCUUGGAGGGCCCCCAGGGCCCCAGCUGCACCAUCCAAAUCCUCCCCCAGCAUCCCGGCAGCCCCUGGGCCCAGUGAGUUCGGGCCCCAUCGGCGAGCUGGCCUUCAAUGCUACCACAGGUGUGAUGGGGCCCCCCAUGUCCGGAGCGGGGGAGGCCUCGGAACCAGCCCUGGACCUGCUCCCAGAACUGACCAACCCCGAGGAACUGCUGUCCUACCUGGGCCCACCUGAUCUCCCCACAAACAGCAAUGAUGACCUGCUCUCUCUGUUUGAGAACAACUGAUCCUGUUGCCCCCACCCAGCUGGUGGGGACAUGCCCGCAGAUGUCACCACGCCUUGCCCCUCCCCACCCGGCCCCCUGGACCUCAGAGGCAGCUGUGCUGGGUGGAAGGGGACCUCGGGCACCCCACCCCCGCUCUCUGCACUGCUCAGCCCCGCCCCGUCCACCACUGCCACCCCUGACCCUCGCUGGGCCCCGCUCUGCCCCGUCCAUAUACACCUGCAUCCCGGAUCUCGCGCCUCGCCCCAGCCCCAACCCCAACCCCGCCUGCUCCCGCCAGCCUGCAUCCUGUCCGGCGUUGACCCUUCUGUUUCAGUGACCCCAUGGCUCACUGGCGAGGAGCCAGGCUGCCCUGUCCUGAGCCUGAGCUCGCAGUGGGGGUGGGUCCCUCUUCCCACCCGAAGCUUCAGGCGAGGGCCCUGGGGUGGGGCCCCAAAGCACAACAAUGUACAUACUGUAGAGACACUGAGCUGUGGGCGGCAGGUCCCUCCCGCCCUCCUGGGUGCAGACGGUGGGCGGGGGGGGGGGGGCGGCCACAAGCCUUGUCCCCUGGGGUGGGCACUCACACCCAGUCUGUGCAGACUCUCCAGCGGGCUGCUCCCCAGGGCCCUUUUCCGUGAACGUGAAGAAUCGGUCCCACUGUGUUUUUUAGAACUGCCUCUCCCAUGUCCACCCCGGGGCCAGGCCAGGUGGGGGAGGGGGCCUCUGUACCCCUGGCCCCAGGCCGAGUUGUGUCCCCUGUGUGCCCGUCUCUAUUAAAGGACUCCUCGUGGUGGG